UUCUUUCCCUCCUUUUGAUCCUUUUCCCCUUCCCUUCAUCCUCCUCUUUCUCUUCAUUUUCAUUCUCGUCCCCGAACCUCGUUACCCCCUUCCCUUCAUCGCUCAAAAAGUCAACAUAUUCCUCCCUUUCCAAGAACAACUCCACAAGGGUAUUUUACACCAUGACCAUUCCAUACUCUACCCGCCCACUUUCUUCCAAGGGAAUGGAACACUUGACUCAUUUACGCUACAGGAAGCAAUCCAGAGACAACAUUAUCGGAAUCACUCGCCCGGCUAUCCGCCGUCUGGCCAGACGUGGAGGCGUCAAACGUAUCCAGAAAAGCAUCUACGAUACCGCUCGUGAGGUUCUCCUGGAUCGAUUGAGAAUGAUCAUCAGACAAAUUGUCGAAGUUCUCGAAUCGGGAGGUUCAAGUUCGAAAACGAGAAAAACCGUUACAACUGAAGACGUUGUUUAUGUUUUGCAGAGGAUCGGGAGUCGUAUUUAUGGUUUUGGCACAACGCUUAAACUUAAGUGAUUGUUUAGCUUGUUCUAAACCUAUCGACGCUGUUUUCGGUCACCGGGUUUUGUGUGGUCUGUUUGUGAUCUUGGGCCAACUGGGCUUACGAAAUUUCUGAUGUCGGUGGAGCAUGUUUACUGGGAUUUGUGUUCGAUAUAAGGCAUAUCAUUUCUUUACUUUUUUAUGUCUAUCGAGCAGGGUUACGUACUUGGCAAGUCAAUAGGUAGACCAUGCGACAUAUUUGAUUGUUAACAGAUAUGAUGUUAUUUAC